AGUGUGGCUAACUUGGUUCCUGAUGUGUAUUUUGAUGCCUUCACAAGGCCUAUUAUUAAUGGUAAAUUGGAGGAGAAGACUGCAGGGGAAGGCCCAAGCCUGAUGGCCAUGUUUGAAGAUGAUAAGCAUUUACAGGGGGUUAUUCAAAGUAUCAGGGAUUGCAUCAUGAAAGCCUUUGAAGCUGUCAAGUUGUAUGCAGAUACAUUUGAGCCGUUCCGAGAGUUUUACCGAGAAAAUGAAGGCCUCGACUUGAACGAAAUUCAGCAGGAUGAGCACGAUGUUGAGUUUUUUGCCGAGGCAUUGGAGCGUUAUCAUAUGCAGCAUUCUCAAGCUGAAGCGAUUCGUGAACGGCGGAGCAUUGGUAUGCUACUAGUAAAUGCGGAAGACAUGAAGAGUAAAUUGAUUCCCUCUCCACUCCGAUGUUUGGAU